AUGUAUGAUCACAUCCUCUUCCCUGGCUUGAAUUUUCUCCUGAACGAAAGCAUCGUCAUUAAUCAAGAAGAAGCCUUAUCAGAUCUUGAAAAUUUUGUUCGUAUAGAAAACGGAGAAGGAGUAUUUUCUACGGUAAUGGGUGGACUAGAGGCCUUGGCGUUCCUGAAGACCAACGUUUCCAAUGACUCAGAAUCCUCAUUACCAGACAUAGAACUCCUGCUCUUCAGUGGUGGUAUAUCAAACGACAAAGGACUAAUAUUCAAGAAAAUGUUCAGCAUCUCAGACGAAAUUUAUGAGAGAAUUUGGAGACCACUGGAAAACAAGAACGUUCUGCAGAUAUUUCCGAUACUGUUGCAUCCAAAAUCAGUCGGGCAUUUGAAACUGAAGUCCAAGAAUCCGUUCCACUGGCCAAAAUUCUUCAUGCAUUUCCUCUCGGAUGAAGGAGAUCAAGACAUACGCACGCUCUUGAGCGGUAUCAGGGAAGCUCAGAAAAUAAUUGAGAGUCCGUCGCUGAGGAGAUAUGGAGCAACGUUGGUCAGAACUCCUAUCCCACGCUGCGCACCCCUGGAAUUCGACUCCGACGACUACUGGACCUGCGCAAUCAGGCACCUCUCUGCCACGCUGGGCGACCAAACGAGCACCUGCAAAAUGGGGCCCAACAACGAUCCAGAAGCCGUGGUGGACCCCCGACUGCGUGUGUACGGCACGACGAAUUUGCGGGUGGCCGAUGCGAGCGUUUUUCCAGCCCCAAUCGCUGCCCACAACGCCGGCCCUGCAUACAUGAUAGGAGAAAAGGCGGCGGACAUGAUCAAGGAAGAGCACAAAAAUGAGAUCUUGAGUCGCAAAGAUAUUCGCUAG